AUGGCCAUCCCAGGGCCUGAGCUGGGAAACCGGGUCUGGAUCAGGAUCAGGACCAGACUGGUCCUGAUCCAGGAAGAAGGAUGCAGAAACACGGGAGUAUCCAAGACAAAAACACUGACUCCAAGCACAGGUCAGUCCAAGUGUUUCACGUCUGCGCUGAUGGAUUUUGGAGAUCUGAGCCGAGCCAUCUACCCAGUUUCCCAAAACCAGAGAAAAGACAAAGAUCCCAUGAAGAGGCUGCAGAUUGACAGUUGUUCCUCCAGAGAAGUCCUGCAGCUGGUGAAAGCCAUGGCCACAGAAGGCGUGACCCAGCAGACAUCUGAGCCCUUCCACAGCGUCACCACCACCAGAAGAGAUUUCCUUUGUGUGAGUUCCCCUCCAAUCUGGUACUCUGAGGGAGACAUUUACUCCCAGCUGGUUGGCUAUGCAAGGGCGGGGCUGACCUUUCCCCCGGAAGUAAACAUCACCAGAACAACUCGGCUCCGGGACCGUUCCCAGAAUUCAUCGAUCGGCUUCACCGUCAGAACCAGGACCAGCGGCGGAAGCGGAGCAAUGCAGACCCCCGCGGCUUCACCGCUGAACCAUAAACACACGCAACAAGAGAGAAAAGCUGAUCAGCUGAUCACCGACAGCCGUCAGGAUUCCCGGAGCAACAUGAGUGGAGAGGGAGGCAGCUGCUGCACAAGCAGAGACGAGCAGAGAUCCUUCAUCCAAGGGAAGGGUCCAGCAGACGGACUCGGCAGCAUCCGGGUCAAACCGGAACCAGAUGAUGACGUGGAGAUCAGGUCGUAUCCAGUCUUGAAGAAGCUGUCAAUCACUCUAACGGACUGCAGGGCGUGGCUGGAGGGGCGGGACUUCCUGUCUAUAGAUGACCACCCUCAGCUCUGGACCCAGCGCCGCCACCAGACUGCGACCAACAGUGGCAGGAAGAUGGUGUACUGCUCUGAGUGUGGGCGAGGCUUCUACAAGCGGGCCCACCUGGAGGCCCACCUGCGGACUCACCGGGGCCAGAGACCCAACCAGUGCUGGCAGUGUGGGAAGACAUACCCGACCCUGAUGAGCCUGGUAGUCCACCAGCAGAUCCACAACCGCAGCGAGCCUUACUGCUGCGCCUACUGCGACCGAACUUUCGCCCUGAAAAGGGACUGGAAGACCCACCACCGGACCCACUCCGGGACCAAACCCUUCAAGUGCUGGUUCUGUGGGGACGGCUUCGGCAGGCAGGACCAGCUCACUGAGCAUCUGGAGGUCCACAAGGGCGAGAAGUGCUACCACUGCAAGGUCUGCGACAAGAUGUUUGUGUCCUACCAGGGCUUCAACUUCCACCGCAAAGCCCAUAAGAACCCCCGCCUGCUCCCAUGCCCACGCUGCUCCAAGACCUUCAGCAACCCGCAGAGCCUGAAGCUCCACCAGGUGACCCACUCCAGCAGGAAGCCCCACACCUGCCCUACCUGCGGGAAAGGCUUCAAGCUGCUGACGGGUCUGCGCUGCCACCAGCGGACCCACGAAGACCUGAAGGCAUACCGCUGCUCCGAGUGCGGGAAGUGUUUCUCCAGCCUGCAGGGCCUGAAGCUCCACGACCGCACGCACACCGGACUCAAACCCUACCGCUGCUCCGAGUGUGGCAAGAGGUUCACGCAGUCGCCCCACCUUAAAGCCCACAUGGUGACCCACACCGGGGAGCGGCCCUUCCUUUGCACCACCUGCGGGAAGCGCUUCACCCAGUCGUCCCACCUGCGCUCCCACAUCACGCUGUUCCACGUGGGUGAGAAGCCCUUCACCUGCGACGACUGUGGCAAGAGCUUCACCAUCGCCCACUACCUGAAGAUGCACCGGCUCAGCCACACCAAGGAGAAGCACUACCAGUGCUCCUACUGUCAGAAGUCCUUCUCCUACCACAACUCCUGGAGGGCCCACGAGAGGAUCCACACCGGGGAGCGGCCCUUCAGCUGCCAGGACUGCGGCCAGAGCUUCAUCACAUCCGGCUCGCUGCUAAGCCACCAGAGGGCCAAACACACCGGCGAGAAGAGCCACUACUGCAUCACCUGCGGCGAGUUCUUCUUCACCAGCUCACUGCUGCGCGUCCACCAGCUGGACCACACCGGGGAGCGCCCGCAUGCCUGCAGCUGUGGCAAGACCUUCAAGACCAGGGGGGUGCUGCGCCACCACCUGAAGAGGUUCACCGAGCACCGGCCUGCCGAUGACUGGACCGCCAACGACCAAACCACCGAAGGCCAGACCGCCAAAGACCGGCCUGCUGAAUGCCGGACUGCUAAGUGAGGGCGCCACUGAGGCAGUGGGGCCACACCUGUCCACAGGUCAUCAGAAGACAUGUCACAGGACCAGGUUCUGGUUCUGAUCCAGAUGGAGAUGUUGUGGUGGUUUGACAGGCCGACACCACCUUACACACCUCUCUGUAGACCUCAUAUCUGGUCCUUUCUGCGGACCUCGGGUCAGGCUGGUUCUGAACUCCGGUCGGCCUGUGCUGCCGGUCUGAAACUCUGUAGACCUUGACUCGGGUCAGUUCUGCCUUUGAAGAUACGAUACUACACCUGGAAAAGCUGCUGCUCCUGUUGUCAUGGUAACAGCUGGAUGGCUGGUUAAUCAAUCAAUAAAUAAGCAUGGAUCAGCUGUUGUUCAGAAGUGUAGAGGAAGUUAAAAUGUUUGAGGACUUUAGCUUCUUUCUGACAUCAUAGAAGAAUCUGUACAUCUGUAAUAGAUAUUUAGCUGUGAUGAUGUCACAUGACCGUUUAUGACAUCCUCCGUGUGCUGGACCUCACCAUGGAGGACUGGUGAGUUUCCCUGCCAGUGUGAGGAUGGAUGGACCAGGUUUUUUAAAACCAGUUUAUAAAGAUGUAGCUCACGGUGUUCCAGACAGAGGUGGUUUUAUUUCAUAUAAACACCAAAUCAUAGACAGUGUUUAUCAAACGGACCUGAGCUGAAUGUCUUCUGUGGUCUCGCUUCCCUCCGUGUCUGCUGUUUACUCGGCUGCCUCUCCUUUGGUUUGAUAAAGCCAAGGUGGUGAUGAUGCGUUCAAGGCACGUGGAAAACAUGGGUGCAGAUCAACUGUAACAAUGGCGGUAACCACGAGUUUUACUGAUGUGGAUGCUACGAAAGAUACGCUUGCCUGGCAGCUGUAUCGGACGUACUGAAGCUAGAUCAGCCAAAUUCUCCAUCCCUACUCUGGACCCAGACUCAACUCUGGACCUGUUCUCAGAGUCUGGUUCUGGACCUGGACUUGGACUGUUCUCUUUUAGAAUCCUGUUAAAGCUGCACUGUUAGAGAAUAAAAGCUAAAUCCUGAUGGUCUCUUCUCGUCCUGAUGGAUGUAAUGAGUCUCGUAACCAGGAUCAGGGGCCUGUUGCACAAAUCCAAGAUAAGGGAUUGAGCCAGAUCAGCGGUAGGGAUGCACCGAAAUUAAAACUCUAGACCGAAAACCGAAGCACUGAAAGAAAUGAUUAUGCCAGUUAUAAGUACCACUGCGUUCAUGGUUAUGAAUGUGUACUAACCUCAUUAAAAUCAAGGCACUGCA